ACGAAACAGUAACGACUAUGUCGUGAUCACGACAUCUUGUCAACCUUACCCCUAUCCAGGUGUGCGCCGCUAAUCCCAAGUAAAUCAACCAUGGAUGGGAUUGCAUCCGCUGUAAUGCUCCCUGAGCCACCGGAGUCCCCCCCAGCUGAAGCCUCCGACACAGCGUCCAGCGCUCAGAAGAGACGGCAAUCAUCAGUGUCCGAUGAUCAAGAUGGAAAACGCCAGCGUGUGAACAGCGUCACCGACUCUUCAUUCCAGCGUGGCUCAACAAAUGUCAACGCCUCCCCAGAAGCUGCAUCCCUGAGGCGGAGGAGCUCAGUAGCUGUGAAUGCGCAGGAACGAGGCCGAGAAAGAAGGCUUUUCGGCGCCGCUUUGGGUGCUCUCUCACGUCCAGCUACCACAGCGCAGAACCGCCGAAGUCAGAUAGAGAGCCGCCAACGAGCGAGGCUCCAGCAUGAAGAGGAGGACAACAAGCAGAGGAAGAUGGAGCGCAUGGCUCAGCGCAAUGCUCAGCGCGAAAUUGAGCAGAAGAAGUUCGAAGAAUCGGCGAUGCACGUCCGGCACGAGGCCCUCCUCAACAUGGCCCACUUCCUCAAGACCACAUCUGAGCCUGUCCUGUAUUAUAAGCCUUGGGAGACGACGCCUGACGAAGACGAAGUGAUUGCAGAUCAAAUCAAUGAAGCGCGAGCAAUUAUUGAUAAGGAAUGUGCAGAUCUCCCUUCCCAACAAGUUCAGGAGGAUCAGCGGGAUCGGGACGCCGACCGUGAUGCAGAUGCACGUCGCCCAGACAGUAAACAGGGUAAGGAACUUGAUGCACAAACGCCCCUCCAGCACACUACAAUCAAUGGAGUUACUAAAGACAGCAAACCAGCCGGUCCCAAGGACCGGGAACUGAGCGAAGAUCAUGCGGGCGCCAGCGCAAACGAGGCGGUGAGUGGGGAACGAGCAAAUGAUGUGGAAGAAACGGCCUCAGCGAGUCAUGCUGCUGCAGCGGAAGACGGUAGUAAAGACCUACUGGACGAUACAAUGGGGGAGGAGAUGGUAGAAGCCGCGGAGGACACGGUGAUAUACUGAAUUCGCACAGGACAUAUUCUGGUACUGGGCUCUCGGUCCGCCGGAGAGGUCUCGUCAGGUCGGAUUCACGACUGGCGCGGUAGACAUUUGCCAGCAUGCUCGGUUGUAAGAUAUGACCCACUUAAUUAGAAUUUUGGUACAUGACAACAAUGGUUGAGGGCGUGAGGGAAAUCAACUUUGGAGACGGGGCGCAUGUAUCUUUUCGAUACCGC